GCGCUGUUGUCACUUUGUUUGCCGUACAAAUCCACAUUACAGUUUAAACUGAAAUUCGGUAAACGAAAAUCAUCAACAUGCCAGUGCAAUAUCGUGUAGAGAAGAUUCCCGCAGAGUUUGACGAAAUUAAGCUUCAGCAAUGCGAAAUUCCGAAAGCCAAAGCUGGUUAUGUAGUGAUUAAACUGCAAGCUGCAUCUACAAACUUCCGUGACAUGGCCAUCUUGAAAGGAAUGUACCCACUUCCUCUCAAAUUCCCAGUUGUUCCCGGUUCAGACGGAGCGGGUCAUAUUGUUGAAGUCGGUGAAGACGUAGAAAAAUGGAAGGUUGGGGACUACGUCUCUUGCAAUUUCUUCCCGUUCUAUAUUGAUGGCAAGUCCAUUCCAGAAAGAACAUACAAAGCCUUGGGCGGCACGAUGGAUGGAUGCUUCCAGGAAUAUGUUGCUGUUCCUGCAGUUGGCGUCGUCAAACUCCCUGAAAGUCUUAGCCCUAUUCAAGCGAGUACCCUCCCAUGUGCAGGACUGACCGCUUGGAAUGCUCUUUUCGGCGAUAAGUCAAAGGCGUUACAACCAGGACAAAAUGUCUUGAUUCAGGGAACGGGUGGUGUGUCCAUUUUUGCUCUUCAGUUCGCUGUAGCUGCCGGUGCUAAUGUUACGGUCACUUCAUCGUCCAAAGAAAAACUUGAAUUCGCUAAAAAAUUAGGAGCUCGUCGCCUCAUCAACUAUCGCGAAACUCCUCAAUGGGGCCAAAAAGCAUUGGAACUUACAAACAACGAAGGUUAUCAUCACGUCGUUGAGGUCGGAGGAAAGAAAACUUUCAAACAAUCGUUGCAAUGUCUUGCUCCUGGAGGCGUCAUUACCAGCAUUGGUUUUAUCGCCAGCGAAGGAGAGGAAGCCAAUUUUGAUGAAUUCAUCUCAAUGCUUCUUCAUAAAGGUGCAACGAUCCGCGGCAUUUUUGUGGGCAGCACAACACAGUACGAGGAUAUGCUGAAAUGCAUUGAAGCCAACGAUAUUAAGCCGGUUGUUGCCAAAGUUUUCCCACUUCAGGAAUUGAAAGAUGCAUACGAAUUCCAAUGGCAACAAAAACAUAUCGGCAACAUUGUCCUUAAAAUUUCAGAUUAGGAAGAGACAAUUAUGAAUCAUUGAAUUUCACAACAUAGUAUCACAAGUUGACCCUGUAAAUACUGUUUGAUAGUUUCCUAAAAAAGUACUAGAUCA